CCUUGGAAACCUGCAAAGAUUCUGCAGCAGGCUCACUUGGCAGCGUUUUAGGUUAGCUGAAGCAUCUUCAAUAAAUUGGCUGUCUUCAGCUGUCAGUUUAUUAGCAGCUUAUCAGCUUAGUUGUCAAGAUGGGUGGCUGUUGGUCAUGUGUGGCCUGCAGGUCUCACCCAGAGGCAGAACCAAAGUCAUCCCAGAAACCCAACCCAUGUUGCACCAUUUUCUGGGAGACUCCCCAAUGUUUUGGGGGACACUCUGCAGAAAGAGCUUAUUGAAGAAUCCUCCAUGCCAGACCCCUUCCAGCACCUCACAUCACCAACAACAUCCUGGGGGAAGAGCUCACUGAGGAACCCUCUGUGACAGAACCCCUACAAGGACCUUGCAUCACCAAUGAGAUCAUGGGGGAAGAGCUCAUUGAAGAACCCUCCAUGCUAAAACCACUUCCAGCACCUAGCAUCAUCAACAGCAUCCUGGGGGAAGAGCUCACUGAGCAACCCUCCAUGCCAAAACCACUUCCAGCAACUCACAUCACCAAGGACAUCCUGGUGGAAGAGCUCACUGAGGAACCCUCCAUGCUAGAACCUCUUCCAGCACCUCAUAUAACCAACAACAUCCUGGGGGAAAAGCUCACAGAGGAACCCUCCAUGCCAGAACCACUUCCAGCAACUCACAGCAACAACUUCCAGCAACUCUCCAGCAACCACUUCCAGCAACUCUCCUCCAUGCUAGAAUGGGCGAAGUGCUCAUUGAGGACCUCUCCGUGCCAGAACCUCUUCCAACAACUCACAUCACCAAUGACAUCCAAGGGGAAGCACUCACUGAGGAACCCUCCAUGCCAGAAACUCUUCGAGCACCUCGUAUCACCAAUGACAUCCAAGGCGAAGCGCUCACUGAGGAACCCUCCAUGCCAGAACCUCUUCGAACACCUCGUAUCACCAAUGAAAUUCUGGGGGAAGAGCUCACCAAUAUCUUUGGUGAUGUGAGGUGCUGGAAGAUGUUCUGGCACGGAGUGUUCCUCAGUGAGCUCGCCAUGCCAGAACCCCUUCCAACACGUCACAUCACCAACAACAUCUUGGGGGAAGCACUCAUUGAGGAACCAUCGAUGCCAGAACCACUUCAAGCAACUAACAUCACCAAUGACAUCCUGGGCAAAGUGCUCAUUGAGGAACCCUCCGUGCCAGGACCCCUUCCAGCACCUCACAUCACCAACAACAUCCUGGAGGAGGAGCUCAUUGAGGAACCCUCCAUGCCAGAACCUCUUCGAGCACCUCGUAUCACCAAUGACAUCCAAGGCGAAGCGCUCACUGAGGAACCCUCCAUGCCAGAACCUCUUCGAGCACCUCGUAUCACCAAUGAAAUUCUGGGGGAAGAUCGCACCAAUAUCUUUGGUGAUGUGAGGUGCUGGAAGAGGUUCUGGCACGGAGUGUUCCUCAGUGAGCUCGCCAUGCCAGAACCCCUUCCAGCACGUCACAUCACCAACAACAUCUUGGGGGAAGCACUCAUUGAGGAACCAUCGAUGCCAGAACCGCUUCAAGCAACUAACAUCACCAAUGACAUCCUGGGCAAAGUGCUCAUUGAGGAACCCUCCGUGCCAGAACCCCUUCCAGCACCUCACAUCACCAACAACAUCCUGGAGGAGGAGCUCAUUGAGGAACCCUCUGUGCCAGAACCUCUUCCAGCACCUCACAUUACCAAUGACAUCCUGGAGGAAGAGCUCACUGAGGAACCCUCCGUACUAGAACCUCUUCCAGCACCUAGCGUGACCAAUGAUAUCCUGGAGGAAGAGCUCACUGAGGAACCCUCCAUGCCAGAACCCCUUCCAGCACCUAGCACCACCACCAACAUCCUGGGCGAAGUGCUCAUUGAGGAACCCUCCGUGCCAGAACCCCUUCCAGCACCUCACAUCACCAACGACAUCCUGGAGGAAGAGCUCACUGAGGAAGCAUCUGUGCCAGAAACUCUUCCGGCACCUCGCAUCGCCAACGACAUCCUGGAGGAAGAGCUCAUUGAGGAACCCUCCAUGCCAGAACCUCUUCCAGCACCUGGCAGGACCAAUGAUAUCCUGGAGGAAGAGCUCACUGAGGAAUCCUCUGUGCCAGAAACUCUUCCAGCACCUCGCAUCACCAACGACAUCCUGGAGGAAAAGCUCAUUGAGGAACCCUCCUUGCCAGAACCUCUUCCAGCACUGCACAUCACCCAUGACAUACUGGGGGAAGAGCUCAAUGAGGAGCCAUCCAUGACAGAACCCCUUCCAGCACCUGGCAUGACCAAUGACAUACUGGGGGAAGCGCUCAUUGAGGAACCCUCCAUGCCAGAACCCCUUCCAGCAACUCAUAUCACCAAAAACAUUCUGGGUGAAGAGCUCACUGAGGAACCCUCCAUGACAGAACCCCUUCCAGCACCUCGCAUCACCAACAAGAUCCUGGGCGAAGCGUUCACUGAGGAACCCUCCAUGGCAGAACCACUUCCAGCACCACGAAUCACCAACUACAUCCUGAGGGAAGCGCUCACUGAGGAAACCUCCAUGCCAGAACCUCUUCCAGCACCUCACAUCACCAUCAACAUCCUGGGCGAAGUGCUCAUUGAGGAAUCCUCCGUGCAAGAACACAAUCCAGCACCUCUCAUCAGCAAUGACAUCCAAGCGGAAGAGCUCACUGAGGAACUCUCCGUGAAAGAACCUCUUCCAGCACCUCGCACCACCAAUGACAUCCUGGGGGAAGAGCUCACUGAGGAACUCUCCAAGCCAGAACCUCUUCCAGCACCUCACAUCACCAACGACAUCCUGGAGGAAGAUCUUAUUGAGGAACCCUCCAUGCCAGAACCCUUUCCAGUACCUCGCACUACAAACAACAUCCUGGGCGAAGUGCUCAUUGAGGAACCCUCCGUGCCAGAACCCCUUCCAGCACCUCACAUCACCAACGACAUACUGGAGGAAGAGCUCAUUGAGGAACCCUCCGUGCCAGAACCUCUUCCAGCAACUGGCAGGACCAAUGAUAUCCUGGAGGAAGAGCUCACUGAGGAACCCUCCGUGCCAGAACCUCUUCCAGCACCUCGCACCACCAAUGACAUCCUGGGGGAAGAGCUCACUGAGGAACUCUCCAAGCCAGAACCUCUUCCAGCACCUGGCAUGACCAAUGAUAUACUGGGGGAAGAGCUCACUGAGGAACCCUCCAUGCCAGAACCUCUUCCAGCACCUCUCAUCACCAACAACAUCCUGGGCGAAGUGCUCAUUGAGGAACCCUCUGUGCCAGAAACCCUUCCAGCACCUCACAUCACCAACGACAUCCUGGAGGAGGAGCUCAUUGAGGAACCCUCCAUGCCAGAACUUCUUCUAGCACCUCACAUCACCAAUGAUAUCCUGGAGGAAGAGCUCACUGAGGAACCCUCCGUGCCAGAACCUCUUCCAGCACCAGGCAUGACCAAUGACAUCCUGGAGGAAGAGCUCACUGAAGAACCCUCCAUGCCAGAACCUCUUCCAGCACUUCGCAUCACCAACAAUAUCCUGGAGGAAGUGCUCAUUGAGGAAACCGCAAUGCAAGAACCACUUCCAGCACCUCGCAUGACCAAUGACAUACUGGGGGAAGAGCUUACUGAGGAACACUCCAUGCCAGAACCUCUUCGAGCACCUCGUAUCACCAAUGAAAUUCUGGGGGAAGAUCGCACCAAUAUCUUUGGUGAUGUGAGGUGCUGGAAGAGGUUCUGGCACGGAGUGUUCCUCAGUGAGCUCGCCAUGCCAGAACCCCUUCCAGCACGUCACAUCACCAACAACAUCUUGGGGGAAGCACUCAUUGAGGAACCAUCGAUGCCAGAACCGCUUCAAGCAACUAACAUCACCAAUGACAUCCUGGGCAAAGUGCUCAUUGAGGAACCCUCCGUGCCAGAACCCCUUCCAGCACCUCACAUCACCAACAACAUCCUGGAGGAGGAGCUCAUUGAGGAACCCUCUGUGCCAGAACCUCUUCCAGCACCUCACAUUACCAAUGACAUCCUGGAGGAAGAGCUCACUGAGGAACCCUCCGUACUAGAACCUCUUCCAGCACCUAGCGUGACCAAUGAUAUCCUGGAGGAAGAGCUCACUGAGGAACCCUCCAUGCCAGAACCCCUUCCAGCACCUAGCACCACCACCAACAUCCUGGGCGAAGUGCUCAUUGAGGAACCCUCCGUGCCAGAACCCCUUCCAGCACCUCACAUCACCAACGACAUCCUGGAGGAAGAGCUCACUGAGGAAGCAUCUGUGCCAGAAACUCUUCCGGCACCUCGCAUCGCCAACGACAUCCUGGAGGAAGAGCUCAUUGAGGAACCCUCCAUGCCAGAACCUCUUCCAGCACCUGGCAGGACCAAUGAUAUCCUGGAGGAAGAGCUCACUGAGGAAUCCUCUGUGCCAGAAACUCUUCCAGCACCUCGCAUCACCAACGACAUCCUGGAGGAAAAGCUCAUUGAGGAACCCUCCUUGCCAGAACCUCUUCCAGCACUGCACAUCACCCAUGACAUACUGGGGGAAGAGCUCAAUGAGGAGCCAUCCAUGACAGAACCCCUUCCAGCACCUGGCAUGACCAAUGACAUACUGGGGGAAGCGCUCAUUGAGGAACCCUCCAUGCCAGAACCCCUUCCAGCAACUCAUAUCACCAAAAACAUUCUGGGUGAAGAGCUCACUGAGGAACCCUCCAUGACAGAACCCCUUCCAGCACCUCGCAUCACCAACAAGAUCCUGGGCGAAGCGUUCACUGAGGAACCCUCCAUGGCAGAACCACUUCCAGCACCACGAAUCACCAACUACAUCCUGAGGGAAGCGCUCACUGAGGAAACCUCCAUGCCAGAACCUCUUCCAGCACCUCACAUCACCAUCAACAUCCUGGGCGAAGUGCUCAUUGAGGAAUCCUCCGUGCAAGAACACAAUCCAGCACCUCUCAUCAGCAAUGACAUCCAAGCGGAAGAGCUCACUGAGGAACUCUCCGUGAAAGAACCUCUUCCAGCACCUCGCACCACCAAUGACAUCCUGGGGGAAGAGCUCACUGAGGAACUCUCCAAGCCAGAACCUCUUCCAGCACCUCACAUCACCAACGACAUCCUGGAGGAAGAUCUUAUUGAGGAACCCUCCAUGCCAGAACCCUUUCCAGUACCUCGCACUACAAACAACAUCCUGGGCGAAGUGCUCAUUGAGGAACCCUCCGUGCCAGAACCCCUUCCAGCACCUCACAUCACCAACGACAUACUGGAGGAAGAGCUCAUUGAGGAACCCUCCGUGCCAGAACCUCUUCCAGCAACUGGCAGGACCAAUGAUAUCCUGGAGGAAGAGCUCACUGAGGAACCCUCCGUGCCAGAACCUCUUCCAGCACCUCGCACCACCAAUGACAUCCUGGGGGAAGAGCUCACUGAGGAACUCUCCAAGCCAGAACCUCUUCCAGCACCUGGCAUGACCAAUGAUAUACUGGGGGAAGAGCUCACUGAGGAACCCUCCAUGCCAGAACCUCUUCCAGCACCUCUCAUCACCAACAACAUCCUGGGCGAAGUGCUCAUUGAGGAACCCUCUGUGCCAGAAACCCUUCCAGCACCUCACAUCACCAACGACAUCCUGGAGGAGGAGCUCAUUGAGGAACCCUCCAUGCCAGAACUUCUUCUAGCACCUCACAUCACCAAUGAUAUCCUGGAGGAAGAGCUCACUGAGGAACCCUCCGUGCCAGAACCUCUUCCAGCACCAGGCAUGACCAAUGACAUCCUGGAGGAAGAGCUCACUGAAGAACCCUCCAUGCCAGAACCUCUUCCAGCACUUCGCAUCACCAACAAUAUCCUGGAGGAAGUGCUCAUUGAGGAAACCGCAAUGCAAGAACCACUUCCAGCACCUCGCAUGACCAAUGACAUACUGGGGGAAGAGCUUACUGAGGAACACUCCAUGCCAGAACCUCUUCCAGCACCUCAAAUCACCAACAACAUCCUGGGGGAAGCACACACUGAGGAACCCUCCAAGCCAGAACCCCUUCCAGCACCUUGCACCAGCAACAACAUCUUGGACGAAGUGCUCAUUGAGGAACCCUCCAUGCCAGAACCCCUUCCAGCACCUCACAUCACCAACGACAUCCUGGAGGAAGAGCUCAUUGAGGAACCCUCCAUGCCAGAACCUCUUCCAGCACCUCACAUCACCAAUGACAUCCUGGAGGAAGAACUCACUGAGAAACCCUCUGUCCCAGAACCUCUUCCAGCACCUGGCAUGACCAAUGGCUUCCUGGAGGAACAGGUCACUGAGGAACCCUCCGUGCCAGAACCUCUUCCAGCACCUGGCAUGACCAAUGAAAUUCUGGAGGAGGAGCUCACUGCAGAACCUUCUGUGCCAGAAACUCUUCCAGCACCUCGCAUCACCAACUACAUCCUGGAGGAAGAGCUCAUUGAGGAAGCCUCCAUGCCAGAACCACUUCCAGCACCUUGCAAGACCAAUGACAUCCUGGGGGAAGAGCUCACUGAGGAACCCUCCAUGCCAGAACCUCUUCCAGCACCUCGUAUCACCAACUACAUCCUGGGGGAAGAGCUCACUGAGGAACCCUCCGUGACAGAACCCCUUCUAGCACCUGGCAUGACCAAUGACAUACUGGGGGAAGUGCUCAUUGAGAAACCCUCCAUGCCAGAACCCCUUCCAGCAACUCUUAUCACCAAUGACAUUCUGGCUGAAGAGCUCACUGAGGAACCCUCCAUUCCAGGACCCCUUCCAGCACCUCGCAUCACCAACAAGAUCCUGGGCGAAGCGCUCACUGAGGAAUUCUCCAAACCAGAACCUCUUCCAUCACCUCGUGUCACCAACAACAUCCUGGACGAACUGCUCAUUGAGGAACUCUCCAUGCAAGAACCUCUUCCAGCAACUCACAUCACCAAUGACAUCCUAGGGGAAGCACUCACUGUGGAACCCUCCAUGCCUGAACCCCUUCCAGCACCUCGCAUCACCAACAACAUCCUGGGCGAAGUGCUCAUUGAGGAACCCUCUGUGCCAGAAACUCUUCCAGCAGCUCACAUCACCAACGACAUCCUGGAGGAAGAUCUCAUUGAGGAACCCUCCAUACCAGAACCAAUUCCAGUAACUCACACUACAAACAACAUCCUGGGCGAAGUGCUCAUUGAGGAACCCUCCGUGCCAGAACCCCAUCCAGCACCUCACAUCACCAACAACAUACUGGAGGAAGAGCUGAUUGAGGAACCCUCCGUGCCAGAACCUCUUCCAGCACCUGGCAGGACCAAUGAUAUCCUGGAGGAAGAGCUCACUGAGGAAUCCUCUGUGCCAGAAACUCUUCCAGCACCUCGCAUCACCAACGACAUCCUGGAGGAAGAGCUCAUUGAGGAACCCUCCAUGCCAGAACCUCUUCCAGCACCUCACAUCACCAACAUCAUCCUGGGGGAAGAGCUCACUGAGGAACCCGCCAUGCUAGAACCUCUUCCAGCACCUCACAUCACCCAUGACAUCCUCGGGGAGAGCUCACUGAGGAACCCUCCAUGCCAGAACCCCUUCCAGCACCUCACAUCACCAACAGCAUCCUGGGUGAAGUGCUCAUUGAGGAAUCCUCCAUGCAAGAACACAAUCCAGCACCUCUCAUCACCAAUGACAUCCAAGCGGAAGAGCUCACUGAGGAACUCUCUGUGAAAGAACCUUUUCCAGCACCUGGCAUGACCAAUGACAUCCUGGAGGAAGAGCUCACUGAGGAACCCUCUGUGCCAGAAACUCUUCCAGCACCUCGCACCACCAAUGACAUCCUGGGGGAAGAGCUCACUGAGGAACUCUCCAAGCCAGAACCUCUUCCAGCACCUGGCAUGACCCAUGACAUCCUGGAGGAAGAGCUCACAGAGGAACCCUCUGUGCCAGAAACUCUUCCAGCACCUCACAUCACCAACGACAUCCUGGAGGAAGAUCUCAUUGAGGAACCCUCCGUGCCAGAACCCCUUCCAGCACCUCACAUCACCAACGACAUACUGGAGGAAGAGCUCAUUGAGGAACCCUACGUGCCAGAACCUCUUCCAGCACCUGGCAGGACCAAUGAUAUCCUGGAGGAAGAGCUCACUGAGGAAUCCUCUGUGCCAGAAACUCUUCCAGCACCUCGCAUCACCAACGACAUCCUGGAGGAAAAGCUCAUUGAGGAACCCUCCAUGCCAGAACCUCUUCCAGCACCUCGUAUCACCAACAUCAUCCUGGGGGAAGAGCUCACUGAGGAACCCGCCAUGCGAGAACCUCUUCCAGCACCUCCCACCACCCAUGACAUCCUGGGGGAGAGCUCACUGAGGAACCCUCCGUGACAGAACCCCUUCCAGCACCUGGCAUGACCAAUGACAUACUGGGGGAAGAGCUCACUGAGGAACCCUCCAUGCCAGAACCCCUUCCAGCAGCUCGCAUCACCAACUACAUCCUGAGGGAAGCGCUCACUGAGGAACCCUCUGUGCCAGAACCUCUUCCAGCACCUCUCAUCACCAACAACAUCCUGGGCAAAGUGCUCAUUGAGGAACACUCCGUGCCAGAACCCCUUCCAGCACCUCACAUCACCAACGACAUCCUGGAGGAGGAGCUCAUUGAGGAACCCUCCGUGCCAGAACCUCUUCCAGCACCUCACAUCACCAAUGACAUCCUGGAGGAAGAGCUCACUGAGGAACACUCCGUGCCAGAACCUCUUCCAGCACCUCUCAUCACCAACAAUAUCCUGGGCAAAGUGCUCAUUGAGGAACACUCCAUGCCAGAACCCCUUCCAGCACCUCACAUCACCAACGACAUCCUGGAGGAGGAGCUCAUUGAGGAACCCUCCGUGCCAGAACCUCUUCCAGCACCUCACAUCACCAAUGACAUCCUGGAGGAAGAGCUCACUGAGGAACCCUCUGUGCCAGAACCUCUUCCAGCACCAGGCAUGACCAAUGUCCUACUGGGGAAAUUGUUCAGUUAGGAUACCUCAGUUCCAGGUCCUUCCAUCCUCACAGACUCUCCCAAGGAAACAGCUUCUGUGUCAGAGCCCUUACUAGAGCCUUCCAUUGCUGAUAAUUAUCUUCAGCAAGAAGUUGAACUCAAAGGGUUACAGCAUGACUAUGUCCAGCAGCAUAAGUAUUGCGACACCUCGGAAACCUUUUGCAUAUACACCCAGCACAAAGAUCAACUGCAGUUUUGAUACCCAGCCCAGAACUGAGGGUUCGCCGCAUUUCCCAACAGUUCCCUCGUUCUCUCCGGGCCAUCAACCUGCAAAUUGGACACGUGCGGACAAGGCUCAUCUGCUGUGAAGUUUGGCUGCAGCGGUGGGAAAGGGAAGGUAUGUUCACAGCAUGCCCCUGAAAUUGCUGCUGGGCUAAGAAUGGCUCUUUUGUUUAUUUCAUGUUGAAAUGCUUGAUUUGAGUCUGCAUCUAAGGUUUCAGGGGGGUGGCCUGUGAGUGGGUUGUCAGUGCUUGCUGAAGUGUUCCUUCGUUUUCUGUCUUUCAUGUGUCCAAGCUCCAGUGCCUGUAAUCCAAGCAGCUUCUCAGAGUGAGCAGUGAGGGCAAGUGAUGGUGGGUGUGGUAGGAUGUCAGCCUUUGCAGCUGACCUCCUGCUUCUUCUCUCUUGCAGAUGUUCCUGCAGGCCUUGCUGCACUUCUCCAGCCCUCUGGGUCUGAUUCAUCAUUGUCUUCUGCCUCCCUUGAGGUUGCCUCCAUCCCACCCUCCACCUCCACCUCUUCCCUCCUCCUGCAUCCCUCUCCACCUCCUCCUCCUUCCCCACCUCCUCUGGAGCUGGACCUCAGCAAUGUGAAAGAAACUCUGCAGAGUUUGGUAGAGAUGCAGGUCCAUCAGCUGCGUGACCGCCAAAGAAACCUCCGCAGCUGCCAGGAAUGCUUACAAAGCUUCAAGGCACUGAGGGGACAAUUGAGGCGGCUAAGGAGCAGACUGUCCAGGGUGGAAGCCACUAUGGGGAUCGUGGUUCCUCCAAGGGAGCUGGACGUUGCUGAGGAAGAAGGGGAAGGCAAAUUAAAAGAGACAAUUGUGCUACUAUUUACAUAAGUAGCAAUAAAAUGCUGUGUAUAUAUUUUUUAAAAAUUAAAUAUUUGUUUUAAUAGGAUGUAGAGAUAGAACAGCAAUAAAACUAGCAUAUUUAUUGUUUAAAAAAAUAAAAUGUUUUAUUUUAAAGAAAAUA